AUGACCUGCACUGAAGAUGAUGAGGAAGUUCUUUUUUCCUUAGGACUGGCACUUGCCCGUACUGUCUGUGACUCAGGGCAGGGAGUGUACCCAGAGCUUCCCCAGCCAGACGCUCAGCAGGGCAAGGAAGACCUGACCUUUUCCUGCUCCGCUGACGUAAGGCGAACACGGGGAGCUGCAAAACUGCAUCGUCUGCUAAAACGGAACAAGAGUCUGGAGGAGCCGAAAAAGGUCAGCUCUGUGAUCCAGCAGAAUCCAGCUCCCUGUUUCGUGUGGAGUGACGGUCACUGCUGGCUUGUGGUGUUUGGCUCUUUUGCCAUGAUCUCUGCACAGCAGCCACCAUUCCCCAACAAAAUUCAAAGAAAAAUGGACUGCCAAUCUGAGGAAGAAGAAACCUGUGAAGAGCAGUAUGACUCUGAAAACUGCACUUGCAGCUCUGAGCACACAGAGUCUGACACAGGCUCACCAGUAACUCUUAAAAUACUGCAGAACUGGGUUCCUAGAGUUUCACACUACUUUGAUAAGGAGCACUAUACAUACGUUGGCCACCAGAUUGUCAUUCAGGAGUCCAUAGAACACUUUGGAGCUGUGGUAUGGCCAGGGGCACUGGCUUUAUCUCAAUAUCUGGAAUCAAAUCAAGAACAAUUCAACCUCAAAGACAAAAAAGUUUUGGAAAUUGGUGCUGGAACAGGCUUGCUUUCCAUUGUGGCCUGUAUCUUAGGAGCUUAUGUUACAGCUACUGAUUUGCCUGAAGUUCUUGAAAAUCUCUCAUACAAUAUUUCAAGAAAUACACAGAACUUGAAUAUGCACAAACCUGAAGUGAGAAAACUGGUAUGGGGAGAAGGCCUCAAUGAAGACUUUCCUGUAUCAACUUACCAUUAUGAUUUCAUACUGGCAACUGAUGUUGUGUACCAUCAUGGAGCUCUGGACCCCCUGCUAGCAACAAUGGUGCACUUUUGUAAACCAGGAACAGUAUUACUAUGGGCAAAUAAAUUCAGGUUCAGUACAGACUAUGAAUUUUUAGAAAAAGUUUGCAAUAUAUUUAACACAACCGUUCUAGCAGAAUUUCCAGAAUCAAAUGUCAAGCUGCUUAAAGCCACAGUAAGAAAGAAUUAA